GAAGGUCGUCUGGGGAAAACCCCGCUCGCACGGGAGUGGGAACAGUAUUGCCUUGGACUCCAUCGGAGCAGCAGCUUCUCACGAUGUACGGCCGUGCCAUCCUAGCAUCCAUACUCGUCCUCUUCUCUUCAGGUGCGUGGGCACAGAACGUGGACGACAUCACCAGGCAAUGUCUUGACUGCAUCUGCUACGCAAGCACGAAAUGCGACCUGAAGACCGCGUGUCAUAAUGCUGGCCCAAAUGCUUACUUCUGUGGCCCCUACCAGAUCUCUUACGCCUAUUGGGCCGACGCCGGGAAGCCAGGGAACUUUGAUCACUUCGAAAAGUGCCUGAAGGACGUGCGGUGUUCCGAGACAGCGGUGGUCAACUACAUGAACAAGUGGGGAACUGACUGCGACGGAGACGGCCAGGUCACUUGUUUCGACUACGCACGCAUGCACAAGGCAGGACGAUACGGCUGUGACGGCAAAUGGGUGGAUGGCACGGAAUACUGGAAGCUUUUCGAAGAAUGCAUGGCUCCUAACGUUAACCAGCCUCUGGAUGCAAGGCGGAAGACUACGCCAAAUUGAGAACACUUGCUCGAAUUAUUUUCAGCUCAUGCCUAAAGCUUUCGUUUCUUCUCAAAUGUUCGAAUGGACCUAGAAAGGAGUAAGGAAAGUGAAAUCUUAUCAUAGUCAUUGGAAAAGAAAAAGUGCAGGCAAUAUACAUUUCGGACGUUAAACAUAUGACGUGAGGCGAGAUCAGUUGCAAUACUACGAUAAACAUUGUUCAUGCCACGUGAUCAAUCUGCUGUCUACAUGUUACAUUGCACUUUUCUCGUCUUCCGUUAUGAAGUGGUAACUGCUGCACUCACUCUGCCAUAUCGCAAUGUGCAGGGUGAUGUUCUGCAGGUAAACAUAUUUGCUUCUUCCUUCCAUUGACGCUGUGAACCUGAUGUGCACCAGAAAAAAGGUGAAAUAAAGUUUAAAAAAUAUGC